GUAUAUCAUCAUCAUCCAUUCCAUGGAGUUAGAGGUAAAAGUAGUUGGAGGCAUAGACAACUGUUUCGUAUCCCUUCCUCUUCCUCUAAUCCAAACUCUACACUCCACACGAUCAGCUCCUCUUCCUGAAAUCGUUGCUCUCGAGCUUCGCUCUCUCACUAACCCCUCACAGUCACACACAUGGUUCGUCGCUUGGUCCGGAGCCACUUCUGCUUCUUCCGCCAUAGAGGUUUCUCAACGAUUUGCGGAAUGCGUUUUGUUACCGGAUCAUGCUAGAGUUCAAGUGAGAGCUGCUUCUAAUGUGCCACAUGCUUCUCUGGUCACGAUAGAGCCUCACACGGAGGAUGACUGGGAAAUCUUGGAGCUCAAUUCUGAUCAAGCGGAGGCUGCAAUCCUCAACCAGGUCAGGAUUGUCCAUGAAGGGAUGAGAUUUCCUUUGUGGUUGCAUGGUCACACUGUCAUCACAUUCCAUGUGGCUUCCGUUUUUCCGAAGAAAGCGGUGGCAGUACAACUCAUGCCAGGCACUGAAGUUGCUGUUGCUCCAAAAAGACGCCAAAGAAUUUUGGAUUCAGCUGGAGAUUCACAUCUAGACUCCUGUGCUAAAGAGCAUACUGCAAAGAUGCUGCUACGUAUACAAGAUUCAGAUGGGUUAUGUCGUACCAGUACUCAUGUCAAAGGUGUUGAGCUUCAUAUAGGGCUUACAUCUGUUGCUUUUGUUCACCCAGAAACUGCAAAACACUUCUCGUUUAACAUGCUUCAGUUGGUUUCCAUAGUGCCAAGAGUGUCCAAGGAGAAUGUUAAAAUUUCCAGAACCAAUACUAUGAAAGUCAAAGGCGGGUCAGCUGUUAAUGAAGUUGAGAAUGGAAAUACUGACAAGAAAGAAUAUCAACAGACAAUUGUUCAUCUAUUGAUUUCAGACUCUGUGGCUGAGGGACAUGUAAUGAUAGCUAAGUCUCUUCGCCUUUAUUUGAGAGCUAGCCUGCAUUCAUGGGUUUAUUUGAAGGUAUGUGAUGUUAUUUUGGAAAAAAAUAUUCCUUCGAUCUCUCUUUAUCCUUGCCAAUUCAAACUGUCAAGGCAGGAGAAUGCUGUUGAGAAAAAUGGUCCAGAAGUUUUCAAUGGCCACAAGAAUCACAUCGAUGAAAAAUUGCUUUCAAAAGCUUCUUCAGGUGUCUUUAUGGAUACUAUAGAUUGGUCCAUCCACAAUGAAGUUGUUGCAGCUCUCUCAGAUGAAUCCAAUUACAAGGCAGAGGAAGAGGUUGCAAAUCAGUCUCAGAAUCAAAAGGGAUUACAGAGUCUUGUACGAUUAUGGUAUAUAGCCCAACUUGAGGCAAUCACUUCCAUUACGGGUAUGGAGGUAAAUUCAUUGGUUAUGGGUAGUAAAACCUUGCUUCAUUUUGAAUUAAGCUGUUACAAGCUUGGGAGCAAUGGGAAGGUUCAGCUAGCUUAUAAUUCUUCAGAGAACAGUGGCAAGGCAGCGGGAAUGUUAUUUUUAUUGACCUUCGGUGAAGAAAAUCUGCAUCACAGGAAACCUACUGCAUAUGAAGUUGCUCUUGGCGGAAGUCUCAAUAACAUCAAUAUUGGGGAUCUGAAGCUUUUUGAAAGGAUGAAAUCGGGUGAUCCCAUGUCUAUUCAUUCUAUAGAAGAGAGAGCCUCUGACGUCCACAUUAGUUCAAAUGUAUCUUUCCUUGGUUGGAUGGGGAAAACUGCUUCUGAUGUUAUCAAUAGGAUGUUGGUAUUGUUAUCUUCGGCAUCUGGUUUGUGGUUUGGCUCAUACAACUUGCCACUCCCUGGGCAUGUUCUAAUAUAUGGACCUCCAGGCUCUGGGAAAACUAUGUUGGCAAGGACUGUGGCAAAAUCCCUUGAGAAUCAUGAAGACAUCUUAGCACACAUAAUUUUUGUUUCCUGCUCAAAACUUGCUUUGGAGAAGGUCCAAAUUAUUCGCAAAGAACUUUCAAACCAUGUCACUGAAGCUUUAAAUCAUGCACCUUCCAUUGUCAUCUUUGAUGAUCUUGAUAGCAUAAUUUCUACCCCUGACUCCGAAGGAUCUCAGCCUUCAAUGUCUGUUACUGGACUAACAGAUUUUCUGGUUGACAUCAUGGAUGAAUAUGGGGAGAAGAGGCAAAAAUCAUGUGGAUUCGGACCAAUAGCCUUCAUAGCUUCCAUACAAUCCCUAGAGAAGAUACCACAAUCUUUGAGCUCUUCAGGACGGUUUGACUUUCACAUAAAGCUGCCCGCUCCUGCAGCUUCAGAGCGCAGGGCCAUGUUGAAGCAUGAAAUACAAAGGCGUCGCUUGCAAUGUGAUGAUGACAUCCUGCUUGAUGUGGCUGUAAAAUGUGAUGGUUAUGAUGGCUAUGAUCUGGAAAUGCUAGUUGACAGAGCAGUUCAUUCUGCUGUUCGUCGGUUUUUGCCAUCUAAUGCCGCCAUUUAUGAGCAUGAGAGUCCUGCUUUACUAAGGGAGGAUUUCUCUCAGGCAAUGCAUGAUUUUCUUCCUGUUGCAAUGCGUGACAUCACAAAAUCUGCUUCCGACGAUGGCCGUUCUGGAUGGGACGAUGUGGGUGGCCUUGUUGAUAUUCGAAAUGCUAUUAAGGAGAUGAUAGAGUUGCCAUCAAAAUUUCCAAAAACUUUUGCCCAAGCACCUUUGAGGUUGCGGUCAAAUGUCCUUUUAUAUGGUCCUCCUGGUUGUGGCAAAACUCACAUAGUUGGUGCUGCUGCUGCUGCUUCUUCAUUACGAUUCAUAUCAGUGAAAGGGCCUGAGCUAUUAAACAAGUACAUUGGAGCUUCUGAACAAGCUGUCAGGGAUAUAUUCUCUAAAGCAGCUGCUGCAGCACCAUGCCUACUUUUUUUUGAUGAGUUUGAUUCUAUUGCCCCUAAGAGAGGGCAUGACAAUACUGGAGUAACAGAUCGUGUUGUUAAUCAAUUUCUAACUGAGUUAGACGGUGUUGAGAUUUUAACUGGUGUGUUUGUGUUUGCUGCAACCAGUAGACCAGAUUUACUUGAUGCAGCACUGUUGAGACCUGGUAGGUUAGAUCGACUUCUAUUCUGCGAUUUUCCAUCUUGGCAUGAGAGAUUGGAAAUUCUUACAGUACUUUCUAGAAAGUUACCAAUGGCCAAUGAUAUUGAUUUGGCUGCCCUAGCUAAUUUGACUAAGGGAUUCAGCGGGGCUGAUCUCCAAGCUCUUCUCUCAGAUGCGCAGCUUGCAGCAGUUCAUGAUGUUCUGGACAAUGUGGAUGCCUCUGGGCCAGAAAAGAUACUGGUUAUUACUGAUGCACUUCUGAAGUUCACUGCAUCCAAGGCUAGACCAUCUGUCUCCGAAGAAGAGAAAAGAAGACUCUACAAUAUUUAUCACCAGUUCCUAGAUUCAAAGAGAUCCGUUGCUGCUCAGUCAAGGGAUGCAAAAGGCAAGAGGGCAACUCUAGCUUGACAAUCAAGUAAUACAGGGCAAUUUGCUCAUGGUGAAACUGCUCUUCGGUAUUCCUUUUCUCAUGGGGAUGUCUUUUCUGUUCAUUGUACCUGAUUAUAGUAAAUUUGUACAGGAAUCAAUUGUAGUUCAAUUCAUCAUUUGUUGUAUUAGAUAAUACACACUCUCCCAGCAACGUUAGGAAUAAAAUAUGAAAAGAUAAAUGUAUCUGCAAGUUAUUUGUUUUUUCUCUUAAAACUUUAUUUUGGGUUUAAGGGGAAGCAAUGGCCGAAGUAAAUCCUUAAGGGAAAAACAGAGAUCAAAGGAAGCCUUACGCAUGAUGAUCAAAUCUCCUAUUGGAAGUCCAAUGCAGAAUGUACUGGCAGUCCUGGCAUGAAUUUUUUUUUUUUUUUUUUGCUUUGGGGAUUCGUUGGCUGCUUUGUUAUUUGGCAAAUUGGUUUGAGUGACAGCUUAUGCUUAGAAACAUUUGAUGAGGUUUGAGUAGCAGCUUAUGCUUAGAAACAUUUUGAUGAAGAGACCUUGUUGCAAACUCCUCCAAACAGUUUCAGCUUUGGUGCCAAUUUUGUUUUGAGUUUACUCUUUCCAUGGAAAAUAUGACUAGAGGAUGUUGACGCUGCUGCACGGCUACGAGCUUACAAUUUCUUGGAAGCAUUGAACCCAUUUGUUGCUUGAUAAUCACCAGUGUGAUGAGCCAAAUGACCCUACUUUUUGAAUUCUUUUCCGUCGAUUUCCAACUCUCCGCCUGCUAUGUGAUGUACGUUACAUACUUUUUGGGCAGUUUCAUCCUUAAUGAAGCUCUCCCUUAAGCAAAAGGAAGGGGUCAUUCAGCAUCAAGGAUGAAAAAAGGAAUAGUGCCCAGUUUCAUCCCAUUUCACUUAGUCGUGUGCCUGCAUUCAUCUUUGUUUUUUUUUUCUUACAUUAUUAAUUUGAAAGUAGAUAUCAUGUUAAGGUUUCAUAUAUUGGAUAAUGAGUAAAGUCAUAUUUUGGUAUUUUAAAGAUGGAAAAUGUUUUUCUCAUGUUGCAUGAGACAAUUUGUCUCAUGUAACAUACAAAAAAGUGGGUGGGACCCACUAAGAAGAGGAGAGAGAAAGGAAAA